AUGGGAGGGCAAGGAUGGGGGACGCUGCUGGGGGAGGAAAAGAAACAGCAGUCCUAUUCUGAGACGCCGGGUGGAUCAGACGCUGCUCUUGUGAGGGACCCCAAGAUCUUUGCAGUACGUAUCUCCACCUCUGUCACUGUCCUUGCCACGACCACCAUUAGCGCCCUCUCCACGUGCCUGUCUCUGAAUAACGGAGCUGGUGCGUGUACUGGCAGGAAGAGGAGGAACAUAAACAAUCCUAUCGAAGACAUGGACGAACUGUUCUCCAGCCAAGACAUGACCCUGUCUGGAAGUCUAAACAGUGAUUACGAGGAGGAGGAGGAAGCGGAAGAGGAAGAGGAGGAGGACGAGGGAGUUAUCAAGAGCAAAGUGAAAGAAGACAGGAAUGGAAGGAAGUUUACCAUCUGGAACAGCAGCCUAACGACCAUUACUGUCACCUCAACCUCCUUCUUUGCUGGUACCACUGUCACAGCCACCGCCUUCUGCAGCGCCCCAGGUCUUACCAUUGGGUGCUUCGGUAUGAAGAUCGCGGUGGUGGCGUGUCUGCUGGCGGCGGGCGUGAUAGCAGCUAGCGAAGGAGGCGGCGAAGUGGUGAACAGGGAGGAGAGGGCUUCAGAGGACAGGCUGGAGCAGGACCGGCGGGGAGUGAGGCUGUUCGCUCUCUCCACCACCACUUCCAUCAAGAGGCUGGCCACCACCACCAUCACCGCCAUCAACACCUGCCUGUCGGUGAUUGCUGGUACCACGUGCACAGGCAGGAGAAAGCGAGCCCUCUUCUCUGACCUCAAGGCCCUGGAAGCUGUUGAGGACCACGGUCAGGCUCUGCACGGAACACAGCUGGAAGAACAAGAAGUGGAGACACAGACUGACGAGGAAGAGGCGGCGGGAGGAGCGAAGAGCGGGAAGGUGGAGGAUCUGGUGGAAGAAGGAAGGCUGCAGAAGAGAGAGGUGGAUGCCAGGACAGGAAGGAAAAUAACUAUCUACAAUUCGUUCAUCUCUACACUGACUCUGACCUCCACGUCGUACUUAGCUGGAACCACUGUCACAGCCACGGCUCUCUGUGUGGCGCCUGGAGUUACCGCCGGCUGCUUUGGCAAAUAGGAAAUGUAUCUGCUUGUUGCUCGUUCCUGUCUCUGGCUUGCUUUCCCUCCCCCUUCUCCGCCCCCUCGUUUUCUUUCUCCUCAGCAUCCUUAUUCUCGUUUUCUCCGCCUUCUCGUUUUCUUUCUCCUCAGCAUCCUUAUUCUCGUUUUCUCCGCCCCCUCGUUUUCUUUCUCCUCAGCAUCAUUAUCCCCGUUUUCUCCGCCCCCCUCGUUUUCUUUCUCUUCAGCAUCCUUAUUCUCGUUUUCUCCGCCCUCUCGUUUUCUUUCUCCUCAGCAUCCUUAUUCUCGUUUUCUCCGCCCUCUCGUUUUCUUUCUCCUCAGCAUCCUUAUCCCCGUUUUCUAUGUUGUUUCAGCCCUCCACGUGUUUUUUUUCUUUGUUUUUUUCUUGUUUUUCGUAUAUUUUCUUCUUUUCUCGAUCUUUCUCCAUGGUUUUGUUGAAAUAUAUUUUUUUUCUUCAUUUCCUCCUUUUUUUUAUAUUUCCUUCGUUUUUUUUUUAUUGCCAUUUUCUUUAUUCAAUUUCUGCUUCCUCAAAAAUUUACAAGCCUUUCUCUUCCUUCCUUCCUUCCUUCCUUCCUUCCUUCCUUCCUUCCUUCCCCUUCCCUUCCCUUCCAAUCCAUCCAAAUUCAUUCUCUCUUUCCCUCCUGCCCUAUCUCUCCCCCCUAUGACUCCCCUCUUCCUUCCCCCUCCCAUCCCUUCCCUAUGUGAACGUAAACAAGAACAUGACCUGACGACCUGACCUAAUCCAUCUGCACCUGGACACGUUUGGAACACGUUAAGGACACGUUAAGACACGGUUGCUGUGUGUGCGUGCGUGUGUACAUGUGUAUUUGUAUAGUUGGACUCUCUUCCCUUGUACCAUAAAGUGUUAAGUUAUGUAAUUAAGAUAAGUGGACCAUAUAAAGUGAAUAUUUAUC